AUGGCAUCGGUAGCACCAAUAUUCAAGAAGGCAUACUGGUCACUCUUUUGGGGCACAUCAUUUUAUGUGCUAGCUCUGAUUGCUUUUACCAAUCCAUGGCUCCAGAGACAGAUACUUUAUGCUCAUAAUGUUCAAACUACGUGGUGGCAGGAUAUCAACAAACCGGAGCAAUUCGGGUUUGUGAAGAACCAAAUUACACCCUUUAACUUUACUACGCCCGAUCAGGAGGUCAUAUAUGCAUGGCAUAUCAUGCCCCUUGCCUUAUAUGCCAAGCACGAGUCUGAGAUAAUUGCUCAGCCUUCCGGUUGUGCGGAAGACAUAACAAAAACCAAGGCCUUCAGACUACUUCGAGAUGACCCUGAUGCAAGGCUGAUCAUCAACUUUCAUGGAAACGCGGGUACAGUCGCGCAGGGCUGGCGAACUGACAGCUAUCGAGCUCUGGCUGACGGAAGUACCUCUAAUAUUCACAUCCUUGCCAUUGAUUAUCGUGGCUUCGGUCUAUCCACCGGGUCGCCUACAGAGGAAGGUAUCAUAAUCGAUGGCAUUGCAGCUGUUGACUGGGCGAUUAAUGUUGCCAAAGUACCCUCAAGCAGAAUCGUCAUACUUGGACAAAGUCUUGGUACUGCAGUCACUGCAGCUGUGGUUGAGCAUUAUGCUCAAGAGGGCGUCGACUUCGCGGGCGUUGUGUUAGUCGCAGGUUUCACAACUUUGACCGAGCUCCUUCCCAGUUACUCUAUUGCCGGUUGGCUUCCUAUUCUGGCUCCCCUAAAAUCGUCACCAGCACUGUUCCGGCUGUGGUCAAAUUACGUUGUCGAUAAAUGGCCUUCAGCUACUCGAAUCGCAAAUUUUGUCCGACUCAGUAAGAGAGUUCGCCUCUUUAUCGUCCAUGCAAAAGACGAUGCUGAAAUUCCUUGGACAAACGCAGAAGGCCUAUUCCUCGCUGCUGCAAACGCCACGACAGAAAAGGGAAUGGAUGUCUCGCUUAUCCAGAAGAUGAAAUCCCGAAAUACAGUACAUAUGGGAGAUGGGGCUUUUAUCAGCACAUGGAAGAGUGGAAAUGACAAAAUCAUACGAGAAGAGAUUGUCGCUUAUGGGCACCAUAGUCGAGUUUUGACAUAUGCUACUGUAUCUCUUGCAGCCCUCAAAGCUUUUGGUAUGGACGAGGGGGGAGCUCUGCCUGUAUGA